AGUCCCAGCUCUGCCUCCUUGGAGCUAGUCGGUGGCGCUUACCCGGUCCUCUCUCCUCCUCAGCAGGUGGCUCCGCGUCGCGAUGGGUGGAGGGACGGUGCAAAUGUUGCUGUUCUUGGGGCUCCUGCAUUGGGGUCCUGGCGGAGAAGGCAGGAAGAGCUGGAGGCGGCGUGGACCGCAGCAGCAACCCGCCGCGGCGACCCGAGAGCGAAGCGAAGCGGCUGGGCAGCCGGUGGAGAGCUUCCCGUUGGACUUUACCGCUGUGGAGGGGAACAUGGACAGUUUCAUGGCUCAGAUCAAGAGCCUGGCGCAGUCGCUGUACCCUUGUUCCGCGCAGAAUCUGCACCAGGAGCUGAGGCUUCACUCGCUUCUGAACAGCUCGGUCACCUGCAACGACGGCAGUCCCGCCGGCUACUACCUCAAAGAAUCAAAAGGCAGCAGAAGGUGGCUUCUAUUCUUGGAAGGAGGCUGGUAUUGCUUCAGCAGAGAGAACUGCAAUUCUCGUUAUGAAACAAUGAGGAGAUUAAUGAGCUCCAAGGAGUGGCCCAUUACCAGAACUGGAACAGGCAUUUUGUCAUCACAACCAGAAGAAAAUCCUCACUGGUGGAAUGCAAAUAUGGUUUUCAUCCCAUAUUGCUCAAGUGAUGUCUGGAGUGGAGCCUCUGCCAAAACUGAGAAAAAUGAAUUUGUCUUCAUGGGUGCUCUCAUCAUACAAGAAGUUGUAAAGGAAUUAUUGGGGAAAGGCCUUGUAAAUGCCAAGGUGUUGCUGUUGGCAGGAAGCAGUGCUGGUGGAACAGGAGUCCUCUUGAAUGUGGAUCGAGUGGCUGAACAGCUGGAAGAACUGGGAUAUCCUGGGAUUCAGGUCCGUGGCCUUGCAGACUCUGGCUGGUUCUUGGAUAAUAAACAAUAUCGUAGGACAGACUGCAUUGAUACCAUAACCUGCGCCCCCACAGAAGCCAUCAGGAGAGGAAUUAGAUAUUGGCAUGGACUUGUUCCUGAACGCUGCAAAAUGCAGUUUAGAGAAGGAGAAGAAUGGAAUUGUUUCUUUGGCUAUAAAAUUUAUCCUACUCUCCGAUGUCCUGUUUUUGUGGUGCAGUGGUUGUUUGAUGAAGCUCAACUCACUGUGGACAAUGUACAUUUGACUGGCCAGCCUGUACAGGAAGGACAAUGGCUUUAUAUCCAAAAUCUGGGCCGUGAAUUGAGGAAUACUCUCAAGGAUGUGACCGCCAGCUUUGCUCCAGCUUGUUUGUCUCAUGAGAUCAUAACACGCAAUCAUUGGACAGAUAUCCAAGUGAAAGGGACCUCUUUGCCCCGAGCUCUGCACUGCUGGGAUCGCAGUCUACAUGACAGCAAUAAGAAUGGGAAAGCCCCGUUAAAAGGCUGCCCGGUCCAUCUGAUUGACAGCUGCCCAUGGCCACAUUGUAACCCAUCAUGCCCUACCAUCCGGGACCAAUACACCGGCCAGGAGAUGAAUGUGAUCCAAUUUCUCAUGCAUAUGGGUUUUGAUGUGCAGAAGAUGGCACAGCAGCAAGGAUUGGAGCCCAGUAAACUUCUAGGGAUGCUGAGCAGUGCUAGCUAGAAGUGUAUUCUCUUAACGACAACGGCUUGACUCUUUAGACACCCAAACUUUCUGCCUUCUUUGCUCACGUACAGCACGUAAACAUCUACAGAGACAAGUAGCCAAACUAACGCACAUAGCUCUUGCACAAUUAGCCUAUCAGGAUCAUAUGGACAGAAUCUCAUCUACCCACUUAAAUGAAGCAUUACCUCUACAUUACUGCCAAGCAGUACCUCUGUUCACAAGGACAAUCUACAGGAAGUAACGGGUGCCUAGAAACUCCAGCUUCAAGAACCCAUAAGGGCCCUCAUGCAUUUUAUCAUUUCCAAGGCAUUUCUAGGCCAUAGAGUGACUUUGGGGAUAGGUGGGAGCACUGAAUUAUUCUCCUAUCAGAAGGGAAGAUAUGACCACAAGGACUUCCUGGAGCCAGCAGCUCACCAUGUAAGAUACUGUACAAACAAAGCACAGCGGCUACAAAUGGAUCUACCGUGUAUUCAAUUUACUUUUGUAUUGUUUUAUGAAAUGAUUUUAUUACUUGACUUUUAAAAGAAAUAAGCAAGAAAUAUAAAAUUAAUGAUAUUGUUUUGUAACAUAUUUUUUAAAUAAUGAAGAAAACGGCUUACGCUAUUUUGGCAAUGUGAAAAUAUUUAUUUUAAUAUGUAAAUGCUAUUUAUAAGGGCUGAUCCAAGAUAUGCUCAAAAGUUGUAAAGUUGUAAAUACUUUCUUGGAAAGGUUUUCCUUGUGAACACAUACGUAUGGGAGAGGGCAAGGGUCAGCAUUGGCAUUAUUAUUAUUAUUAUUAUUAUUAUUAUUAUUAAAUCCUUAUGACUCCUUUUGUACGAUGUUGAUUUGUAGAAAUGAAAUUAUGAGUGAAGUAUUCAAGAAAGAGCUUUUUUCCAAUUUAAUCUAUAUGAUGUUUGCACCUUUAUUCAUUUUUUCGUUAUAGGAAAUGCACAAAUUUGAGGAGAGAAGAAAGGGCCACAAACAAUAGGAUGCUGAUUUAAAUUGGGUAUGUAUGCAGAUAGUCCUCACUUAACAACAAUAAUUGGGGCAGCAACUUCAUCCCUGAUGUGGUUAUAAAGCAUGAUGCCAUAUGACUACACCAGUUUACAAUAACAAUCGUGACAGUCCCAGUUGCCAUCAUCAAGGGAAUCCUGUGCAGUCACAGUAUCCUGUGAACAUGUGAUUGCCAUUUUCGACUUCCUGACCGCUUCCCCAUUGACUUUCUUGUCAGAAGCUGGCAGUGAACAGAGAAGAAUAAACAUAAAUUCUAUUCUCCACCCUCACCCCCACCCCCCACCGUUGAGACAAUAGUUAUUUGGCCCUUCUUUUGUUAGUCUUGGGCAGCAGCAGUUGACAUAACAGUUCUUCCUAACCUGGGAAUAACUGAUUGUUGAAUUAUACACUCACUCCUGUUGUCCAGUUGGCCCAAGACAUUUUAGUUCUCAAAUAAGACAAUCCAAAUUAUACACUUGUGUUAAAUGUAAAUGCAAUAACAGAGGGUGUUAUGUGCUUUAAUGUUAUUACAAAACCUGCUACAAGCAAACCAAUGAAGACAGGUAUGAUUAGGACAAAUGCCACAAUUACAUAAAAUGCUCACUUGCCUUGGGAUAUCAGAUAUACAUACAAAAAUCAGCCAUUCAUGUUCAUGUUGUCAUUGUGCCCUCCACCCAGCCAAUACCAUGCCCAAUUGGAUGUUGCCUUAAAAUUUUAUUUCCACAUUUUUUAUAAAAUAAUAAUAUGAAUAUGUAAAGAUCAGUAUCUCCAGGGAAAAAAAAUAUAAGCAUUAAGAAAGACCAACGCUACUUCAUCUCGAAACUUGACCACAAUUAAUUGUGCUACACUUCCUUCUCUCUAAUAUUUUCUAAACGUAAACCUGAAAGUAGAACAAGCAAUGAUAAAACAAAUCUGGUAUACUACUAUUAUGAGGAAAUUCAGAAAAUAAAAAUUUGUGAAGGCUCUCUAAUGUAAAAUGAAUAUGCAAAUACUGUGUUGUUGCCACCUAGUGGUAAAGUCAGAAAGUAUUGUUGAGAAAAGUGUAGUUUCAGGAUAGUUGCCAUACUGAGGACUGUACAGGUAAUCCUCAAUUUACAACAGUUCAUUUAAUGACCAUUUAAAGUUACAACGGCACUGAAAAAAGUGGCCUAUGACCAUUUUUCACUCAUGACUGUUGCAAGAUCCCCAGGGUCAUGUGAUCAAAAUUCAGAUGUUUGGCAACUGGUUCAUACUUAUGACAGUUGCCGUUCCCAGGAUUUGCAACCUUCUGACAAAGUCAGUGGGGAAGCCAGAUUCAUUUAACAACCACGUUACUAACUUAACAGCUACAGUAAUGUGUUUAACAACUGUGGCAAGAAAAAUCAUAAAAUGGGGCAAAACUCACUUAACAAAUGUCUCACUUAGCAACAGAAAUCUUGGACUCCAUUGUGGUCGUAAGUCAAGGACUACUUGUAUAGCAAAGACAAAAAGUCAGUAAUUCUGACACCUUACUGUAUUAGUAUAGUAUACACACACACCGUGUUUAUGAAUAUGAGAUACAGCCAAUUUGGCUAGUGGUGAAGACUUCAGACUAGCAACCAAAAGACUCAGUUCUGGACUUGCCUUUGGGCACAAAGCCAGCUGGAUGAUCUUGGACCAGUUCUUUUCUCUCAGUCCUAUGAAAGAGGCAAGGGCAGACCAUUUCUGAAACAAUAUUGCCAAGAAAACUGCCGAGACCAGUUCAGGCAGUCACUAGAAAUAAAAAACUUAAGGUAUAAAAAAAAAUUUUUUAGGACUAUCUAAGAGAAUUUCAUCCCUUGUUUUUAAUCUUUAUUAUUUUGGAUACUGGCUGUAUAUUAGAAACAAUAAAAUGUUUCAAUUAAUUGUGUUCCUUGUGGUACUAUAGUUAUUGAUCCAGAUAAUUUAAUUAAUUUAAUUUAAAUAUCUUCAAUACAGGUAGUCCUUAACUUGCAACCAUUCAUUUAGUAACUGUUCAAAGUUAUAACAGCACUGGAAGAAAAUGACUUAUGACCAUUUUUCACACUUAUGACUAUUGCAGCAUCCCUAUGGUCAUGUGAUCAAAAUUCAGGGCCUUGGCAACAGGCAGCUUUCCCAUGUUUGCCUGGACUCAAGGAAGCUGGAAUGGUCAUCAGGCCAUCUCCACCUCCUGUGUUGACAUGUAUAUCCAAGGUCACAAUCUGAUGCACCUGUCAGACAAAAUGGUAUUUGAAAGUAGUGAGAACCACUUGCCAUCAAUUGAAAUGGAUCUCCAUCAGCAAAUUUAUACUCCCUACCUUCAGAAAUUCCCUACCUUGCCAGGAGAGCUGUCCAUCGUUUCUCUCCCCACCCCCCACUCUGGGUGCUCCAACACCAGAGAUUUUUAAGAAGAGAUUGGACAACCAUUUGUCUGAAAUGGUAUAAGAUGUCUUGUUUGACCAGGAGGCUGGAGUAGAAGAUCUCCAAGAUCCCUUCUAACUCUGUUCUAUCUUAUCUAUCUAUCUAUCCAUCCAUCCAUCUAUCCAGUGGUGGGCUGCCGCCGAUUGUAACAACCGGUUUGCCCGGAACCGAAAAUAUGAGCAUGCUAAAUGUAUGCUAAACUAUACUGUAUUCUCUUGGUUUGGAGAAUAGUGGCUAGGUGUAAACCUAGCCACUAUGCCUUGUAAGCCAAGUUUUCAGCUUCAAACUUUGUGUAAAUUCAGCAGUUGCUCAUUCAAUUACUUGGCCUUGAAUA